UAGAAACGACACUGAGAAGAAAUGAUCUACUGUAUGAGAUUACAUAUACAUUAACCCGUUAGGUUAAACAAGGACAUCCCAGAUCUCAUUGUUAUUAUAAAAUUGAAGAGAACUCCUGGUCAAGACUGAAUAUUUACAGAAACCAGCUUACCUACAUUCUGCACUGAUUUUUGAAGCGUAUUUAAGGGCCAUUUGUUUCAGACUCUUCCUGCCUGUACAGCAAGUGUUGUAUCCUGCCACUGAGUAUGUCAGUGGCUCUUCUCAUGCGAUAUGCCACGCUCAGCGGCUCCCGUGUCUGCUGCAAGGCUGCCCUCGGCAUAACCGGCAUCCACCAAGAAGACACGAGACGGGCUCUACACACUCCAUCAUCUCCUCGGUGCAGCAACACUCGCUUUGAUCCAGACAGCAGUGGCCAUCCGACUACCUGGGACUCCUUUGGGAUCUGGGACAACCGCAUUGAUGAGCCCAUCUUGCUUCCGUCGAGCAUCCGAUUUGGUAAACCUAUUCCCAAAGUUAGCUUGUCCAAGGUGGGCUGCGCCUCACAGAUUGGCCAGCGGAAGGUGAACGAAGACCACUAUCAGCUAUCGUGGAUGACGGACAACAUCAUAUACUUUGCAGUGUUUGACGGGCACGGAGGUGCAGAGGCUGCUGAAUUCUGCCACAAAAAUAUGGAGAAGCAUAUUAAAGACAUUGCUGAGGAGGAGGAUAACUUGGAAUUAGUUUUAACCAAAGCAUUUCUUGAGGUGGACAAAGCUUUAGCAAGGCAUCUUCACUUCAGUGCAGAUGCCUCUCUGUUGAGUGCAGGGACGACGGCCACAGUGGCCCUGCUGAGAGACGGGAUUGAGCUGGUGGUGGGCAGCGUGGGGGACAGCCGAGCCAUGCUGUGCCGCAAAGGCAAGGCCCUCAAACUCACUGUGGAUCACACGCCUGAGAGAAAGGAUGAAAAAGAGAGGAUACGCAAGACUGGAGGUUUUAUUACAUGGAAUAGUUUUGGUCAACCACACGUCAAUGGCAGACUGGCCAUGACACGCAGCAUUGGAGAUUUCGACCUCAAGACAUCAGGUGUCAUUGCAGAACCAGAGACUAAGAGAAUUUCAUUGCAUCACGUCCACGACUCCUUUCUGGCACUCACCACUGAUGGCAUCAACUUCAUCAUGAACAGUCAGGAGAUCUGUGACAUCAUUAACCAAUGUAACGACCCUAAAGAGGCCGCACAACGCAUAUCUGAGCAGGCUCUUCAAUAUGGAGCUGAAGACAACAGCACUAUCAUUGUGGUGCCGUUCGGUGCCUGGGGCAAACACAACAGCUCUGACGUGAGCUUCUCCUUCAGUCGCAGUUUCGUCUCAAGUGGCCGCUGGGCCUAAGCAGAAAUAAUAAGACAAUGACGGUUUAACUGAUACACAGAAGUGGCUCCCUAGUCUGAAUUGACCAAUGUGCAAUAUUCUCCUAAUCCCUCCUGUGAGGAUCACCUCAAAAAAGGACCAUUACAGCCAGAACCCACAUUUAAUGUGGAGUUGAUAUUGACUCAUCAGAAUGAUACUAUGUUGCCUAGAGAAGCAAAUCAAGCAUUGUUAAUUUCUGAACCGUUGGGAGUUCAAGUUCCCCUGAGGUUUGAGUUUAUCCUUGUCUUUUAGCUCCUAACCUGUGGUGCUAUCUUUCAUUUGGUUACCUCAGUUCUGGUUUUCACUUUCGCAGAUACUAUACUUUAAAAUAGUGGAAUCAACAACUGUUCUCCGUAAUGUUAUUGUGAAUCUCAUUUCAUUUUCUGAACAGGAAUUUUAAGCACUUUCAGAUUUGGGAAGGUUCCAUUAUUUUUGUAAUCCUCGUAACUCUAAUCUUCGAAUGUUAAGCAGCACGCAGAAGCACAUUUCAGUGGUCUAUACAGGCUUUGUCUGAUGGCUGUGCAUAUUCAUAAGCCCAUAUUUACAUACAGUGUAUACUGAAGUAUGGACUCCAAUUCCUUGUGGAAGCACAUAUUUCUAUAACUUUGUCUCUUGUUCAAAAUGUGGCUUAACAACCAGCAAUUUUAAAGCUACUCUAAGAAAUAUUCCUACUGAAGGGAAUUCGCAACCCAACUUGAAGACCAUUUUGCAAAUUAAUUGAUGGUUUUCCUGUGCCUUUUCCAUAAACAUCUGUUGUUUUCUGACAUGCUUGAGUCGUUCUAGUAAGGAACUCAACUUUAGGUUCAUAACUGAAGUUUUAAACUGUGACUUGUGCUUGUUUAGUGUUACUAGACAAACUAUUUUUGUUCAGAUUGUACAGUUCAGUGGUGUUCCCGACAAUGCAUAGCGCAAAGUCCAGACAUUUGUUUUAUGUUAUUUAUAUAAUGUAUAUGAUGGACAGUUAACUCUAUGGUAUAUGCGAUUGUAUGUUAUAUUUAAAUACAUAUUUUCUUCUAAGUCUCCUAGUUAAAGCAGAAAAGUGAGUUUCAUUCAUUCAUUCGCUGACAUUGUUGUUUUAAUUGCAGCCUUUCUGCUAUAACUUUAAAACCUAAAGCUUUUAAUGGGAAAGGCUUCUGUCACAAUCUUUGAGUUCCAGUGAUUUUUAUUUGUAGAGCCAUACACGUGUGACUUCAGCAAGUCGGCAUCUCGGUUCAGUGGAUCUGUUCAUAUUCUGAUGCUGUUUCUUGAAUUGAUUUGAACACUCUUGUCAUUCUCAUUCUGCAUUUCCUAUCAUUUUAGACUUUUAACAGCCUUUUUCCUUUAAUGUCUUCCUCUUUAAGGUCCAAAAGCACAUCCAGUAUGAUAGUGGUCUUUUAUUUCUGUAUGUACUGUUCUUCAGUUAUUAUGUUUCUGUCAGAAGGUAUUAUAUUUAGUGUUAAUACAACUGUUCAUGGAUCUUGCCUAGAACAAUCUGUAAAACAACUGCAAGUGUUUCCUGCUCUACACAUGGACCUAACUUUGCUUUAUUGAUAUGCAGUUUAUUGUGAAAUAUAAUGCAGCUGUGAAUAAAGUUUAACCAGA